AUGGAUAACCGUGUUGGCUUUCGCAAUGUCCACAUAUACAACGGUAUUACCGGAGAGAUGCUGGGUGGACUGCGGCAGAACGGCUCCAUCACUGAAGCUGUUUUCCUCUCUAUGUUGAAUGAUAUCCUGUUGAUCGCAGAUGAACCACUCGAAGUCAAAGAAAGAGACUCACAACGCACCAUACUACCAUCGAGCAAUCCAUUGGAGUUUGGCUCUAUGGAAAUGAACAAGGAACCCUGUUUCCUUCUCUACCCCCACAAAGCGAAGAAGGUCAAUGCUGUUGCCGCUCGAACCCGUUCAGAAGUCUCUAGCUUCAAUAUCCUCAUCCUCCCAAUGUACUCGACAACACCAACAACCAACAUCCCUACCCGCGAAAAUGUCCGCAGAGCAACCCCAGAAACCCAUGUCCUGGAUCCCAGAGAUCCUCGAACAAAUCUUCCUGCAAACCGACAUGCGCACACUACUGACUUCCGCGCAACGUGUAUGCCACCAGUGGAAUACCAUAAUUAA